AGUCCAGCCUCCAGCCCCGCGUGCACACAGUGGUUCAGUUGGUGAGACAACACAGACAGACGGAGACAGACGGAGACACCGACCUGUUGCCAAUGAUGUGACAGUACACAUUUAGAGAUUUUUUUCAUUUUUAAUUUAAAAAUUAAACAACCACGUCGCUUAAAAAAACAAAACAAACAAACCCUGACACAUUUUUGUGUCUGGCAUUUUUCCGUUGUUUGAAGGAGCCAUGGAGCCGAUAACGAAGUGGACGCCAAAACAAGUUGUCGACUGGAUGAGAGGUUUAGACGACAGCCUGCAGCAGUAUGUGAGCAACUUUGAGCGGGAAAAGAUCAGUGGGGAACAGCUACUGAAGAUCACACAUCAAGACCUGGAGGAGCUCGGCGUGGCCAGGAUUGGACACCAGGAACUGGUGCUGGAGGCCGUCGACCUACUCUGCGCUUUGAACUAUGGGGUAGAGACGGACAACUUGAAGAAUCUGGUCGUGAGGAUGAGAGCUGCCACCAACAGUCUACACAUGGCCACGUCUGACCGCAGGAAAAGCCCAGCGUAUGAUGGCAGCAUGUCACGCAAGCCACCCAACGACUUCCUUACCUCUGUGGUGGAGCUGAUCGGUGCUGCAAAGAGCCUGCUGGCUUGGCUUGACAGGACACCUCUGACAGGGAUCAGUGACUUCACAGCCACCAAGAACAAGAUCAUUCAGCUGUGUCUGGAGCUCACCACCACAGUUCAACAGGACUGCAGUGUUUACGAGAUGGAAGAGAAGAUCCUGGAAGUUUCUAAGAUUUUGAACAGCAUCUGUGACCAGACCGUGAGAACCACCUCUGACCCCCUGAUGAGCCAGUCGGCCUGCUUGGAAGAAGUCCAGCUGACCAAUAUCAAACCAGGAGAGGGUCUGGGAAUGUACAUCAAGUCUACGUAUGAUGGGUUACAUGUCAUCACAGGCACCACAGAGCACUCACCUGCAGACCUGACCAGGAAGAUCCAUGCUGGUGAUGAAGUGAUCCAGGUUAACCAGCAGACAGUGGUGGGCUGGCAGCUGAAAAACCUGGUUGUCAAACUGAGAGAGGAUCCCAGCGGUGUGGUUCUACUCCUUAAGAAGAGGCCCACAGGCCCAACAGGUUUCACCCCUGCCCCUCUAAAGAACAUGCGCUGGAAGCCCCCCGUACCACAGAACAACUCCUCCUUGAUCAGAGCCCAGUCUCCCUGCAGCUCAGCUAACGGCUCAACCAAAAAGGAGAAGCCAGCUAUCCUGGACUUGUACAUCCCCCCUCCUCCUCCAAUGCCGUACACCCCACGAGAGGCGAGAACGGACACCUUCUCCAGCAUUAGUAAAAGACCAAAGGGCUCUGAGUCACCCAACUCCUUUCUGGACCAGGAGAGCAGAAGACGCUGCACGAUCUCAGAUUAUGACAAGAUAAGCGUCGGCUGUCCGAUCGAGGCCAACGUGAUACAGCCCAGAAUGAGGGAGCACAGGCCCUCACGUGGAAAGCCCCGGCCUCUCUCCAUGCCAGCAGAUACAUGUGUUGGAGUGGUAGAUCCCUACGCUAAGCCCUGGACACAGGGAAGGAAAGGUGAAGACCUCCUGUACAGAUACCUGAGCAAUGAGAGGAUCCCUACCAUUGCGGAGGAGGUCCCCUCGGUGUCUCCGCCCUACAGGCCUGCGGGGGAACGUCACCUCGUCAGAGUGGACCACAUCAGGGGCAGCCGCUACUACUCCAACUCUGACCUCCACAACAGCGCCACCAUCCCCUACCAGGAGGACAUGAGAAAGGCCCCCGUAGCCCCCGUCUCCAAACGCACGGCAGAACGCUCACUACUGGUCAGUUGGAUCACGCGGCUUAAGCUAUUGACUCACUGAUGAUGCGCUUCCUGUCCGGGGCUUCCUGUCUUGUGUCCUUCCUCAGUGCCUUUUGAUUUUUAACGUCCAGCUGGUUUUUUGGCAGCUUCGGGCUUUCUCACACUCUCUCCCCAACCUCCAUAUUUCCCUGGUGUUACUACUACUACCAACUACUACUCCUCAACCAAACUUACUUUUGUAGUACUCACGGCAUUACAUCAUCACCCCUUUAACACUGCGCACAACCCUCCUCGUCUCUGACUACAAGUCCCAUCUCUGCCUCAAGUGGAUACAGUUUGUUCAGGUUUAGGACACUUUGGCCUUGUGUGCUGUCUAUGGACUCCUCUGUACAUACUAAGUUAUGUCAUGUUUCAGUUGAAAUGCUCUCUGGUACCAUUAUUUAAUACUUCAGCUAUUUGCUUAUUUUGAUUUUAUCUGCAUAAAUAAGUUAUGGAAACUAAACUAAGUGAAACAAACAGCAUAUUUUGUUAGUGAAACUGUGCUUUUACUAUACAUGUUACUUUUUUCUUUUUUCAAAUUACACUUUUGUGAUCAGUUACAUUAACCUCUGCCAAAGGUUGCCUCUUGUAAGCUAUGCAUAAACUUCAUAAGGAUUUUUGUAGUCACUUUAGUUGAAAAAUGCUGCAUUGGUUGGUAAAAGGUAGGGGUGCAACGAUACACAGAAUUCACGGUUCGGUUCGAUACUUUACUGUCACAGUUCGAUAUUUUUUCAAUACAAAAAAGAGAACUUUCCAUGCCUUUUUUGACUUGUAGUUUACUGAAAUUACCAACAUUUGUUUCAACUGAUCUGAAGGAUGGUGGAGGAUCUUUGAUUUUAGCGAGCAGCACGCGUCAAUGUACACAGACCACCUCGAGCAGUGGGAAGCAAGGCACAGAAAAAGCAAAGAGAAGCUGAUGGAUUUUCAAAAUAAAAUACCCCAUGCAAACUACCGGUCGUAAAAACAGACGAAACUAAUAUGUUUAUGCAUGUUUGGAAGAACAUAGACUGGGAAAAUGGCCAAAUCUGGCGGGCUAAACGCUUGCUUCUGAAAUGCUACGCCACUGAGCUCUCAGCACAGAGCGCAUUGUCAGAAGUUGAUAAAAAUAAAUAUAAAAUUGCAUUGUAUUGUUCGAUUCAUAGUGCAAACCAAACCGAGACCACCGUAUCGAACGGUUCAAUACAGAUACAUGUAUUGUUGCACCCCUUGUAAAAGGAUGUUUAUAUCUUGUCACAAAUACUUGUGCUAGUUUUAAAGCUAUGCACUCUAUUCAGUAAACUUUUCUAUCCUGUGUUUCAGUUUACUCUGCAAUUAUCCACCUAAAGAGCCUAUACAUAGAGCUGGCUGACAGUAAUAAAUGGUCUUUCUAAGCCAGUGUUUUGAACCAAUCUUUUAGGACGCACGGGUCACAUGGACGACCACAGAUCACAAGAGACAGAAUGACAGUAUUAUUUAAGAAAAUACAGGGAAGAAGUGUCUAUUGUUGCUUGAUCUGCCUUUUGUAAGUUUUGAAUAGUGUUUUAUUAAAAAUUGCAGUUCAUGUCAGUGA